GGAGUUGGCUGCAAAAAUAUAAUCUAAAAAGAGUGGCAGGCAUGCGCAGUGCGAGGAUGCCAUAUUGGAAUGAGUCUGUAGUAAGUGAGAGAGGGAGAGAGAGAGAGACGGAUCGCCUCUGCUGAACUGAGCUGAAGGGUCUUUGCCAUUUUAGACGCUGGGGGGGGAAAACUUCACCCAGGACAUUUUUGUUACAUGAUGAAUUAGGAAAGGAAGAAAUCUUAUUGUGAGCAAUGGAAACUAGGAUGUCUUUGAUUUCCGCCAUGCAAGAGACUCAACAUCUAUCCCUAUCCCAGGAGAAGGGUCAGAGUCCAGCCAAUGGGAACAGAGAACAGUUUGAUUCAGAUGAAGGUUCUAGCAUCGAGGAGACCGACUUCAACUGGGAUGAAUACUUGGAAGAAACGGGAGCAAGCGCUGCUCCUCACACCUCGUUCAGACACGUUGAAAUCAGCCUUCAGAGCAGUUUCCAACCAGGGAUGAAGUUAGAAGUGGCCAACAAGAACAAUCCGGACACCUACUGGGUGGCUACGAUCAUUACAACGUGUGGGCAGCUCCUGUUGCUACGUUACUGUGGCUAUGGAGAUGAUCGCAGGGCAGAUUUCUGGUGCGAUGUGAUGACAGCCGACCUUCAUCCAGUGGGCUGGUGUACGCAGAACAACAAAGUGCUGAUGCCUCCAGAUGCAAUCAAAGAGAAGUACACCGACUGGACGGCGUUUCUUAUACACGAUCUGACAGGUUCCCGAACGGCACCUGCAAAUUUACUGGAAGGCCCUCUGCGAGGAAAAAACCCUGUAGACCUCAUUACAGUUGAUUCCUUAAUAGAGCUGCAGGAUUCCCAGAACCCUUUUCAGUACUGGAUAGUUAGUGUGGUUGAAAAUGUUGGAGGAAGAUUACGCCUUCGCUAUGUGGGAUUGGAGGAGACUGAAUCCUAUGACCAGUGGUUGUUUUACUUGGAUUGCAGACUUCGACCAGUCGGUUGGUGUCAAGAGAAUAAAUACAGACUGGACCCUCCUGCAGAAAUCUAUUCUCUGAAGAAUAUAUCUGAAUGGAAAUGCGCUCUGGAAAAAUCCCUUAAUGAUGCAGCAAAGUUUCCUCUUCCAAUGGAAGUAUUCAAGGAUCAUGCUGAUUUGAGGAGCCACUUCUUCACAGUGGGGAUGAAAUUGGAGGUGGUGGACAUGAGGGAACCCUUUAGUAUCUGUCCUGCAUCAGUGACUAAGGUUUUUAACAAUCAUUAUUUACAAGUGACCAUUGAUGACCUGAGACCCGAACCCAGCAAAAUCUCAAUGCUCUGCCAUGCUGAUUCCUUAGGGAUCUUACCAGUACAAUGGUGCCUUAAAAACGGAGUCAAUCUCACACCUCCCAAGGGUUACUCUGGCCAGGACUUUGACUGGGCAGAUUAUCAGAAGCAAUGUGGAGCAGAGGCAGCUCCUCACUUUUGCUUUAGAAACACGUCCUUCAGCCGGGGCUUUACUAAGAACAUGAAGCUGGAGGCUGUGAACCCCAGGAACCCUGCUGAAAUAUGCGUUGCUUCUAUCACCUCAGUUAAAGGAAGGUUAAUGUGGCUUCACCUGGAAGGUUUACAGAUGCCUGCUCCGGAGUAUAUAGUUGAUGUAGAGUCGAUGGACAUUUUCCCAGUUGGCUGGUGUGAAGCAAACGCUUACAACCUCACACCGCCCCACAAAGCAGUUUUACGAAAGAAGAGGAAGAUUGCAGUGGUGCAACCAGAAAAGCACAGGUUGCCAUCUGCAGUGCCUGUUGAGAAAAUACCUCAUGACCUUUGCCCAGUCCCUCAGCCAGACACAACAGGUACUGUCAACGGGCGAUACUGCUGCCCCCAGCUCUUCAUCAAUCACCGCUGCUUCUCAGGUCCAUAUUUAAACAAAGGGAGAAUAGCAGAGCUACCUCAGUCUGUUGGGCCUGGCAAGUGUGUGCUAGUGCUUAAAGAGGUUCUUAGCAUGGUAAUCAACGCAGCUUACAAACCAGGCAGCGUCCUCCGAGAACUGCAGCUAGUAGAAGACCCGCAGUGGAAUUUUCAGGAGGAAACACUCAAGGCAAAAUACAGAGGGAAAACGUACAGGGCAACAGUCAAGAUUGUGCGAACGUCUGAUCAAGUGGCAGAUUUCUGCAGAAGAGUCUGUGCAAAACUGGAGUGCUGCCCAAAUUUGUUUAGCCCUGUGCUGGUCGCCGAAGUCUGCCCUGAGAACUGCUCCAUUCAUACCAAAACGAAAUACACCUAUUAUUAUGGGAAGAGGAAAAAAAUCAUUAAGCCUCCAAUUGGGGAAAAUAACAACAUGAAAAGUGGACACAUCAAACCAGCAAGACGCAGAAAGAGGCGGAAAUCCAUUUUUGUGCAGAAGAAAAGGAGGUCGUCAGCUGUCGAUUUUAACGCUGCGGGAUCUGCAGAGGAAAGCGAAGAGGAGGAGCCAGAUGCUAUGGAAGAUGAGACAGGGAGCGAAGAAACCAGCUCAGAGCUACGUGAUGACCAGACUGACACCUCCUCUGCUGAGGUACCUUCAGCCCGACCAAGAAGAUCAGUGACAUUACGGAGCAGCACGGAGUCAGACAGACCCGCUCCCAUCGAGAGAGCUAGAAGGAGCCGCAAAACACAGUGUCUCUCAUCCCCUGAAGGAGAGAAGUGCACUCAAGUCAAGGAAGAAAUAAAGCAAGAAGAGGAAGAGAAACUCAUCCUCGAGAGCAAUCCAUUGGAGUGGACAGUGACUGACGUUGUGAGGUUUAUUAAAUUGACAGACUGCGCUCCCCUAGCCAAAAUAUUUCAGGAACAGGACAUUGAUGGCCAAGCACUUCUACUACUGACGCUCCCAACAGUGCAAGAAUGCAUGGAGCUGAAACUUGGCCCAGCCAUCAAGUUGUGUCACCAGAUCGAGCGAGUAAAAGUUGCUUUCUAUGCACAAUACGCCAACUGACUCUAGUGCUCCUUGCAUUUCCUUCUCCUCUCUCUCUUUUUUUUAUUUUUAACGUUACAGUUCACUUGGGUUUUUCCUCAAAACACGUGGAAUUGGAACCCUGUAAAAAAAAAAAUCCAAGUGGAAUGAAUAUUUCCGUAUUUGUAAAGCACAUUGAAGUAUU